UUUUUUUCCCUGCUGUGUUUGUAAUGAUCUUAGAGGCUGUGUAAAGAGUGUUAAACAAAAGUGGUGUUGAAUAAAUACAUGUUGUCUCACUGUUGCGUUCAUAUUUCAAUGUGCUCUUUAAUAUUGGUUUGGAAAUAUAAUUUGUUGAUUUGAGGAUGUUUGGUGUAGUUCUUCUAAAUCUGGGUCCAAGAGAGAAAGUCUAAAUUUUGCAUGUGGUACUUUUAACAAAAGUUUGGACCAGCUGAUUAGGAGGACAGCUAUCAAUAUGUCCAGGCAGAGCCGGCCUUAGGCAUAAGUGAACUAAGCGCAUGCUUAGGGCACCAUGGCCAGUAGGGGACCCCUAAAAGCAAUAAAAAAAAAUAAAUAAAAAAAAAUUACAUUUUUUUUUUUUUUUUUUCAUUUUUUGCAUGUAUGAGUAAAGAUUCCUGUAUGAUCAAAGAUAUAUAAUUGUAAAAAUAAUUAAAGUAAAAACAUUCUGGUACUGCUGCUGAUGUAGGCCUAUGAAUUUUACUACCAAUGACGAUUUUACAGUAAACACAAUGCUUUAUCACUUGGAAUGUGGUAAAAAUCAACCCCAAGCCGUCCUUGUAGCUAAAUGUGUUACAUUUUGAGACUGAAAACCAUAUGUGGCACCCUGAACAUAAUUUAUCAGUUAGUUAGUUAGUAACCUUUAUUUAACCAGGAAAUAAACCCAUUGAGAUUCAGAAUCUCUUUUACAAGUCAUUCAUUGGUAUUAUUUGUAUGGUUGCAUUGGUGUUAUUUAUGUUAUUACCUAGGCCACCCCCUUAAAUGUGUAAAGACAUGUCAGGCGCAUUACAUUUAUACUGUAGUAGGUCUGUGAAUGAUCAACAAUCAAUAUAUUGGCAGAAAUAGAGGGCCCCAAAAUAAAGUUUUGCUCAGGGCCCCAUUGAGGCUUGGGCCGGCUCUGUGUCCAGGAGCCUGACUUGACCACAUUUAGUGCAGUGUGAAUGUUACUGGUUGUACCGUUUUUAAGAAAUUACUUACAAAUUGGUUCGAGCUAAUUAUUUGUGUGGAAUUAAAUCACUUUGUAAUUGAUAGACAAAGUAAUUUGGUGGAUACAGAAGCAUAAAUUGAAUAAAUGUGGCCCCUUUAGGCUGGCUUCCGCUCGGGUCCCUCAGCUCUCUAUUGUUUGAAGACGGUGGGAAAGUGCGUGAAGGCAAGCUGGGCUCGCCGUGGUGUUGUCGUAGCUCUAAAGCUAAUAUUUAAAGGAUCUAGUGAGUUAUAUACAGUCUUAAUCUCGAUUUGAACGGUUUUGAUUUAAAGUAAACUUGUUAAACCUCUUAUUUUUGUAGUUGAAAGUUGUUUGUUGAGUUUACUGGAUCGGGAAACUUGUAACGAACUGGCUAACAACAAAGUUGGGGACCAGCUAGGUGCAUGCUAAAGGCUAACGUUAGUUCGCACCGUUGGUGGUUUUUACUGUUUAUCGUGAAACUAAUGUUUUACUUUAGAAACAACUUUUUGUUAACUUGUGCCGAGGUUAAAGCUGUCUGGUUCAAGUAAGCUUAACUUUUAAAUUUGGCCCAGCUAGCGCCCGUGUUUGGCUAGCUGCAAUGCUAACCAUGGAGUCGUUAACGCCAGCGUCGGUGUUAGCAGCUAACAUUGUCGUUUUUAUCAAGGUGCUUUAAACGCGGACCAGGAUUUGUCUUGUGAGUUCUUUUUAUCUAAAUAUCACUUUUCUUCUUUAGGAUUAAAGUUUUUGUUGUCCCUGCUGAGAUACCUUGCUAACAUCGAUGUUAGCAACAAGCCUGUGAGUGUAAAUGCGUUUCACUAGAAUGGACCUGUUGAACUCUCAGUUCCUGGACAAGAUGAACAAUAACAUCGGGAGAAUGCACUACGAAGGUAAUCUUUACGCCAUAUAGUGUUCGCCUAUGCUCUUAAUUUGACUUUUCUAUAAGGCAGGUCGACAUUUGCCUACAUGUCUCCAAUUUUUCUACCAAACUGUUGAAGCUUAAAGUUUGCGAUCCCGACAAAAAUAAUAUCGCGAUAUUUGGGGGGGGAUGAUAGUUUGCAUCUUUUACGUUAAAAAAUAUAUAUAUUUACAAAACUCUUGCACUGUGUAAGUCUGCUAUUGUUAAUAGUAUACUGGUUGUCAAAUGGGCGAGUUAACGCAACACGUUUUUAUGCAUAUGAAACGCUAAAAUCAUUUUUAUCUCUUGAUUUGUUUAAUGGCUCCGUCAAAGUCUGCCAUAUGUGUUUGUAUUGCUAGUCCGUUGUGUUUGACUACUGGCUCCUUAACCUAUGAUAUACUUAAUGUCUUGGUUCCUGGUCAACUUGCAGAUAUCGAAACAAGUUAAAUGUCGAGCUGUCUUUCCAACUAAGUCCCCAGAUUGGGGAGUUCAUGUCCAAUAUUGUGCUGUUAUGUUAUCUACCUCCUAAACUAAGUCAUUCCAGAUGUGUCAUCUUAUCUAUUAUUGCUAAUUGCUUUUCCACAGAUGAGUCCAGGACACCCUCCCAUCCAACUGCUAUGUCCAACAUAACAGGACCAUCUCCACACUGCUCAAGCAAACGAAAGUACGGGGAAGAGCAAAUGGAUGAUAGAAUCAACUGUGACGAAGAUCACAUGACCAAAAUGAGUAGAUUGUUUGCCACUCAGCUGUAAGUAAAUAUUUUUUAUAAUGAAGUAAAUUUGACAUAUAUCUACAUUUUCUGACAGUCAUGGCAUUUACAAAGUAUUUGCCGUAUGACAGGUGCUUUAAAAUAUCUGUAAAUGUUAAACAGUCUUAACAUGUUCUCAGUUAUGAACUGCGGUGUAAAUGGUGUAUGUUUAAUAUUUUCCCUCUUUCUAAAGGGCUCGUCCCUCUGCUGGAGAGAACCGCAACGAGCACUGGAGUAUCAGUCACACUCCUAUGGAGCACAUCAGUUCCUCCUCCAAUGGUCUUCAUGGGAACCACCUGUAUGCAUCUGUCUCUGGCUAUGCUGUUGAUCGGCCACUGGCUUUGACCAAAAGCAUCCACGACAUUGGAGCUGGGAGCAGAGAGAGGUCUGUCAUGAGCGGGACUGUAGAGCGGCAGCAGGUAUGUCAAGUUGUUACGCUUAUGGAGGGCACAUGAAAUGUUCGCAGUGACAAGAAAAAUAUGUCCAAAAACAUUUGAACAUAAUUUUCUUGCAUAACGUACUUCAAUAAACUGUGAAAGAAACGGAAGAUUGUGUUUGCAUCUUUUAGCUGAAGGUAAAAAAGCUUCUUGCACAGAGGCCACAGUCCUCGAUACACUCAUUGAAGCCUUGACCCCUUGUUCCAUCAUACUUUGGUGCAUGUCAUCCCCGAACUUUUUCUGCCAAUGUUUCUUCUCUUUCUUAAAAUGCCCUCAUAAAUUAAAGCAAAAAAGCCCCAUAGAAUAAUGAUGUAUGUAUUUUCCACCUCUAGAAUCGUCCCUCUGUUAUUACCUGUGCUCCUGCAAGCAACAGAAAUUGUAACCUAUCACACUGCCAUAUGAAUGGCUGCACACCCAGCCCUGCUACUGAUCAGAGGAAGACCAAUGGUAAGUAUUUUAAAAUGCGAAAGCUAUACAUGAUCUGAAAGCUUGUACCAGUAAAUUACUUAUGCGUGAAUGACCUGUGUGUCAUUCUGACUUUGUUGAGAUGAGUUUCAAAUACACAUUUUGGUUCUGUAUGGUCAGGGGGAUUUUUACCCUAAAAAGUGUUGAUCAUAAAACAGUAAUUUAAAAAUAUAGAGGUGUAGUUCUUCUGGAUUUUUUCCAAAGUACAAACUUGCAACACCUUUCAUGUUUAGCAUAACUGCAUAUAAACUAUGGGCUAUUUGCAUGAUACCCUUCUUGAAGUUCCUAGGCUUAUUAAUAUCUCGGCUUUGGUUACCACUACUAAUAAUAGUGCAUUUAUUUUAGCUAACACUGUAAGUGAUCCUGUGAUUGAGGAGCACUUCCGUCGCAGCCUUGGAAAAAACUACAAAGAGGCAGAGCCUGUGUCCAACUCGGUGUCCAUCACAGGUUCGGUGGAUGACCACUUUGCCAAGGCACUGGGAGAUGCCUGGCUUCAACUCAAGACCAAGGGUGGGGGUCGUCAAACCCCAGAGGAAGACCAGUGAGGCAGAGUGGGGGUAAACGUUACAAUCACUUCUUAGUGUUUGCAUAUGAGAGUGACGAUUGAUCACUGUCGACUCUUUCUGAGCAUCAACUUUCCGCAGCCAUGAACAAUUAAAGACACGCGGUGCUCACGAAGGCUGCUCCUUUUUUGACCUCGAGGUCGGUCUUUAAAUUGUACACAGAUUUGUACUCUGAAAUUCUCUUGGAGGGUAGAACAAAAACUUCUGACGUUAGGUUGACAAUGUUACUUAUGGAAACUGUACAAUCAUAGAUUUUUAUUUUGUAUUAAUGAGAUUCAAAAAAUGGUUGUUUGGAUCACUUGUUUUGUUUUGCCUUGAUAGCCAAAGACAAACCCUCCCUUUCUAAUGCACAGAAAAGCCAUAAAUCUGGUCUCUAUUGUUGUUAAAUCACACUUCUUUUUUUUACUUGAAGAAGACAGCCAGGUCUCACUCUCACUCUUUAGUUUCUGACUCUUCAGGGUUGCAGGUUACCUGUCUCAGUUGGAACAAAUGUUUAUGGAUAAGCAUCUCUGAUUUAUGAGAUAAAUUAAGCAAUUGCAGCCCCUAUACCAUUUCCUUCAGACUCUAACCUAACCUAUCUUCUUCAAAACCUGAACUGGACUUGUCCACUGUUAACAGAGAACUUUAGGUGUCUUGUUUAUAUGCUCACUGAGGCUGAUUUCUUAGUACACUAAUAUCCAUUAUAGUAGAUUUGUCUAACUAGAGAGCAUGUUUCAAAUAGCUGGGUUCUAUUACAAACCUUAUUCUAUACUAUAUAUUUACUCAGAAUUUAUUUUUUAUCUGUAACAUUUUAGAAAUACUCACUGCUGGUACAGUUGUACUCAAUAUAUUUUUUGUAUCUGGUUUUCAUUACCGUAUGUAGGUGUGUAUUUUAGCAUCCGUCUACAAAUCACAGCCUCUGGCAAGGUUGUGUUAAAGCAGUUGAAAAAGGCUGCAAUGCUUUGUUACUCUGUGGAGCUGGCUGCUACCGCUUUAAACAUGACUGAAACAAACUGAAUCUGACCCUCUGUAGCACAGUCUUUUAGCAGCAGCUUUAUUUAUUCUGAACAAGUUAGUAGUUUGUUGCCUUUAAGCAAAACGAUUUUUACUUGAUUAUUUUUUCCAAUAAGAUCAACAGAGGGUAUAUAAUAAUGACAACAAAGCAGGGGGGGUUUCCAUAAACUAAGAUUUAACUAGCAUCUAAAAUCCGUGUCAACAAUUCACAUUCCACAAUGACUGUCUGACACGUCGCAGUCACUCAGUCGCUGUUUGGUGAAUAAAUCUGAUAAAUUUCUUGAAAAUUGAGGCGAUCUCCCGGUGUGACCUGACAGAAUCUCUCCUACUGGAAAAAAAAGUAUCAGCAAAUCACAAUUAAUUCUGUCUAUUAGAGUUUUUGUUAAAUUAAUCUCACCCUUUUUGAAAGUCUGUGCUUACAGUAGAAGUAGUUAAUGUUUUGUUAACACUGAUUAAGACACAGUAUUGUAAGAUAAUUUCUUUAGUUUGUCACUUAACGGUAUGUGAAAGCAUAUACAUUUUUAUCAAUAAUCUGCAUUUCUUCAAUCGUUGAAUACACUAUCCUGUCUUUAUAUUUUAUUUUACUUCUGAGACCAUCAUUGCGCCGCGCGGAAUGAUCAUAGAUAUUUUGUUUCCGUACAGAGACGUGUAUCCAUAUGCAGCAUGGGUGUUCUUUACCUUCUAGCCAUGCUUUCUAAAGAUGAACGAUCUUCCCUCAUAUGCCAGCUGAUUAUAAAGUGCAGGAACACAACAGUCUUUUGAUCAAAGACUUUAUUGGUGCAGUGAAAGACUUUUGUAUUAAAACUUUAAAGAGUUUGUUAACUUUCUGUUUGUAUCGUAGUUAAAUUUGGGGGUUCGUCACGAAAUCUGCUUGUUUGACACAAGCGGAUCUCUCAGUCAUAUGUUUUGGGUGUUAGUCUGUUAUUUAAUUUUGAUAUUUAGACUACCUGUAUCUCAAAGACUGUUUGUGGAAAGGUCAUCCAGGUGUUCACUCACAUAGAAAAAGCAAACAUGUUCACUUUUGUCUUCAUUUCUCUGGAAGAAAAUGCCACUGUUGUUUUGUAUUCAAAUUUCUUCUAAAUAAACUUACAGAUGUGCACAUUUGCAUAUA